AUGUCUCCUUCCAAGGUUCUAUCCCUCGCAUUAGCUGCAGCUAGUUGUUUGCAGUCGAGUGUGGUAUUCAGUUAUGCUCCACCAUUAGCAUUGGCUCCUAGCAGACCAUCACCUACUUUUACUUCGCGACCAACCACUUCGGCUCUUUUCUCGUCAAGUACCACUUCUUCUUCUUCGACAAAGACGACCGAUGCCGAGUUUGCGGCCUUUGCCGAGACAUUGGAGGAGGAUGUGGAUGUAGACGAAGAAGACAUGGAUCAAACCUGGCAAGCUAGCGUGGAUGAGCUACUGGAUCCUCUUACGCCACUGGCCCGACGACAAGCUCUACUGGCCAAAUUAGUGGGUGCCAACAAAGAUAUUCAAGAAUCGGUCCUCACGGCACUGCGGGAUCGCAAGAUCGACGGACUCUUGACUCCCAAUGGCAAAAAGCUUCAAGAAGGCAGCCAAACCGUGGCCCGUCAAAUCACCAACGAUAUUCUACCCAAUCUGGCCGCCAAUCCUCCACCCAACCCGGCGACUCUCUUGCCAGAUCCCACCGAUGUCUCCAAAGUUGGAUCACGCAUCCUCAAUGCAUUGAGCAAUCAAGUCCAAAAGAAUAUUGAACUGCUCCAAGGAGAUUUGGCCAAUCCAGUGCGCAUCCCACAACGAAUUUCUCGUCAAACCAAUGACUUUGUCACCGAAGCCCGCAAUGUCUUUUCUGAAACACCCGUCGGGUUACAGGAACCACCCUAUACGGUCGUUCAAACAUCCGGGUCGUAUGAAAUUCGGGAUUACGAAGGAUACAGCGUCGCAUCGACCAGCAUGGGCAAGAAUACUGUCAUUUUGGGGGCCGACGACAAUGCCGCCGGAACCAACUUGGCCGAAACCGGGGCGGCGUUCAACACCCUGGCGGCCUAUUUGUUUGGUGCCAACAAGGAGGGUGUCUCCAUGGAUAUGACGACACCCGUCACUACCACGAGUUGGGGUGAAAUGCGAUUCUAUCUCAGUCGACCCAAUGAUGUCCCAGCGCCGUUGGAUGAUGCCAGCAGUGGCUCCUUGUACGAAUCCGGGGCCGUCACGAUUCUCGAUAUCCCUCCGGCACGGUUGGCCGUGAAAAAAUUCACCGGCUUUGUCACGGAAGGAGAAAUCACGCGACAAAAGGAUGCACUCUUGUCGGCAUUGUCCAUGGAUGAUAUUGAAAUUGAUGUCGCUCAUGGAGAUCCCAUUUCGCACGUCAUCUUUCAAUACAAUCCACCCUACACGCUGCCCAUUGUCCGACGAAAUGAAAUUGCCGUGGCGGUGCGAAGAGAAAACGAAGUGGUCGAUCUCAAGCAACAAUGGGGUGACAAAGAGACUGCCGGUGGCACGACCGUGAAGAGUGCAGAGGAAAUGGAACCUGUCAAUGGUGUUACAGAGGAGUCGACCAUGAGUGCAGAGGAAAUGGAACCCGUGAAUGGUGUUGUUACAGAGGAGUCGACCAAGACCACUGCUUCCGCCGAGAAGGCUCAAGUUCUAGAGGAAGAAGAUAUUUCGCCCAGUGAUUAA